AAGAGAGUCAGAGACUUGCCUGGGGAAGGGGCAAGCAGCCAGUAGCUUGGUAUAUAGCUAUAGCCCCAGUCUCUUGAAUCUAGUAACAAAGCUUGGUGAACAUAUGAGGCCAACACGGUUUUUCUUUUAUGUGGGUGUUUAACAGGCUUUUUUUUAAAAGGAAAACCCAGAGUCCUGUUUCAGUGCCAUAUUCAGACUUCUGAAUAUGGACAGCGAGGGAGCUGCUGUAUUCACCUGCAACAGUUGUGGGAUGUUCAUGUUCCAGCCUAUGGAUGUGAGUAAUUUCACCUGCACCAAGUGCAAGUUGGUAUCCCUGUUGGAACUUGAAGAGAAGGUCCACUAGCUAGAAGACCAGGAAGUUUGUACAAUAUGGACAAUGGAUUUGGGCCUAGUCACUCAGCUAUCAAUGUUAAAGGCGGAGGUGUUAGCAAGCGCUUCCUCAUCAUCUAAGCCUUGGCUAAUCCCAGGCAGGACUCAAAAUAAAAGCCAGGAGGUGACAGUACCACACUAGGAUGCUGUCAGCCUUUGUGGGUGUGAUAAGAAAGAAGUUCCUGGAAAGAUUUACCUUCAAGCACACCAUGUUUCUAAAAUUGCUAGUGGCCAUUUUGUUUAUGGUAUCAGCUGCCACCGCAUCGGAAGGAGAACGAGUAACUGGUGGGAAGCCCUGUCUUGCCAACUCUCAGCCGUGGCAAGCAGCACUCUUUUCUGGCUUCAGACUAAAUUGUGGAGGGACCCUGAUCCACAGAUCAUGGGUGCUCAGUGCAGCCCACUGUAAAAUGAGAUGUCCUUUCCCUGUGCGUCUUGGAGAGCAUGACCUCAAGCGCUUGGACUGGUCUGAACAGCUGAAGCUAGCCUCCAAAGUCAUUGUGCAUCCUGGCUAUGACCCUCAAAGCAAAAACAAUGACAUCAUGCUCAUCAAACUGCUCACUCCUGUCUGCUUGAAUAGCAAAGUCAAAAUCCUCAACUUGCCAAACACCUGCCCUGUUCCUGGAACCCAAUGCCUUGUUUCAGGAUGGGGUACAACAACCAGCCCUGAAGUACGUUUCCCAGAUGUUCUGCAUUGUGCAAAUAUCACCAUUGUCAAUCAUGAGGUUUGCCAAUCCAUCUACCCCAGCUAUAUCAAUGAGAACAUGGUCUGUGCUGGCAGGAUGGAAGGAGGCGCAGAUGCUUGUCAGGGUGAUUCAGGUGGACCCCUUGUCUGCGAUGGGAAACUGCAAGGGAUUGUAUCCUGGGGGCCCCAGAUAUGUGCGCAGCCGAAUAAACCAGGAGUCUAUGUGAAUGUCUGCAAAUAUGUGGAAUGGAUUAGAGAGACAAUCAGAAAUAAUUGACGACCAGUUGGCAGUUUUGAACAAACUGGAGGGAGGGCAAAUAUACAGAAUUUACAAAACUUCUAUCAUUCUUCCUAAA